UAAGCGCGCCAUCAGCGUUUACGUUCUCCCAAAAACAAUAAACUUUAUAUACAACCAAAAUGUCCUGAUUUACGUGUUCAAUGUGAAUUAUUAAGCGCGAUAUUGACGUUACUGUUGGUAACUAGUUCUGUUUGCGGAGGUACAUUGUAUGGUCGCGAUUCGUCGUUUCCAAAUGUGGCAAGCGCAGCGUAAGUUCAGUUGAGGUUUGAUUGAUGGACUGUAGGCGUAAACUAUAUGUUGUAAACUUUGUACGAUGGUCGUAAAGGGCUAGUUUUGGAGGUUUCUUUUUGUAGUUUACAAUCCAGUGACUUUAAUACAGAAAUUAAACGUGAGAUAGCGUGCGUUUAGUCCGAGUUGUAUGUUGAGUUGAGCUAAUGUUCCUUAGCCUAGCAUAUGUAUGGUAAGUUCGAUAUCAAGUGAAGCGAUCUGCUGGAUUUGAUCUGUGAUCUGCUCGGAUCGCUACACCUACCGCAGAUUGCCGUAGUGCUGCUAGCAGGUCAGUGUGUCAGCGAUGUUGGGGGGAAACGGGACAGCCAGAGGGGCUGGGCGCUCAGGUAACGGCACAGGCUUGACCCAUCUACAGGUGGGCAGCACAUCUGGGGCUUUGGGGGCGGUAAACUCUGGCAUAAACCUGCCCGAUGGUGGCAGAUACGACGACAGGCCGUCAGUUGAGGCUGUGCUGAGCGCCUCUGAUGGAGACUCGGAUUCCGGGGAUGAUGAAGAGAGUUCCGUCCUGGACAGGAGAGGAGUGAAGCGGGAGAGGAGUGAGAUGGAGGUCGGGGGCUCCUCGGGAUCUAAUGCUGCACUGUCGGCUGUAUAUGGAGGAGUUUCCAGCGGGGUGGCUGGUGCAAAACCCGGCAAGAAAACACGAGGAAGGGUGAAAAUAAAGAUGGAGUUUAUUGACAACAAGCUGAGGAGAUACACGACCUUCAGCAAGAGAAAGACUGGCAUUAUGAAGAAGGCUUACGAACUGUCCACCUUAACGGGAACGCAAGUUUUGCUCUUGGUUGCCAGUGAGACGGGCCACGUCUACACAUUUGCCACACGGAAACUUCAGCCUAUGAUCACCAGUGAGACGGGUAAAGCCCUCAUCCAGACCUGCCUAAAUUCCCCUGAUUCUCCACCCCGUACGGACCCUUCAACAGACCAGCGGAUGAGUGCCACGGGAUUCGAGGAGACGGAUCUCACCUACCAGGUCUCAGAGGCUGAUGGUCUUGCAGAGCCAAAGGAAAUGAUAAAGCCUACAUUCACUGCUGCCACUUUACCUGGAGGCACGAGCACCAACAGCACGACCACACAGUCAUCAGCCUCUUCCUCUCCCUCCUCAUCCUCAGUUGCCAUGCACACUCAGAGCAGCGCCCCCUCGCUGUCUGGCACCACCUGUUGGUCGAUGAACGCUCAGAGCGUCUCUAGUGCAAACGGCACAGUGCUCAAAAGUUCUCCCGCUGGCGUGAUGCAGCUGCCAGGUGGAUUCACGCUCAUGCCAGGCGCUUCUCUUCCGCCUGGCACACACACUAUUCCUCUCAGUCAGCUGCAGACACACUCUCUGGCCAUACAGUGUCCACAGACGCAAAACAGUCACGCCAUGACUAGCACAACCACUGCCGCUGCUGUCCCUGCACACACACAACCCACCGCACAGGCCACGCUCUUCCGCCUGCCAGCCACUGUCUCGCUUACAGGUGGUCCGAUGCCUCAACAGUUACAAGCCAUCCAGGUUCACCCCAGCCCUCAAAGCAGUGAUAGCAGUCCAGAGAUCAGCCAGACCUCCAGCAGCUCCGCUGUAAGUCACACUGCUACUAUAGUCACAUCCUCAGUGCCUUCUUCAGUGGCAGGUCACAUGAUGUACCCUGGAGCGCACGUCAUGUAUGCUACAUCCACCCCUGGCCUUGCUGAUGGGGGUCUAACUGUGCUCAAUACCUUCCCACAACCACACACUGCAAUGCACGUGUCCCACACGCAAGCCCAAGACUCAGGUGCAGUUCCUCAGAUGUUUCUCACAGGACCUCCAGGAACUGUACAGAUCCCAGUUUCAGCCGUUCCGCUACAUUCGAUGUUAAUAAACCAGCAGCCCACUGGUAGCAGCAGUACCACCCUCACGGAGCUGCGGGUGGUUAAUUUGGACAAUCCCAAAGGAGACUGACCUAUAAAACAUGAGGCCAGUGUGACUGUUCUCUCACACUGAUAUUCCAGGGAUCACUCAUGCCAUGCAAUCAGACUGCCAUUAUAUUUAUUACUGCCUUCUUGCUGCGUGGGGUUCAUAAACCCAUACAUACAGGAAUAUUGAGGUGUAAUGGGACAUUUGAAGGAUGAUUGCGUCUCCUCAUGGACUCAUUUUGGUAGGUAGUGUGAUGAUAGAUCAUUAUGGUUCACAUGUAUACACAGACACGCAUAUUUACUUCAGGAUUUCAUGGAGACAUCUGUUCUAUCGCUGCUUGGUGUUCACCUUUUUGCCAAAAGACUCAGAUGUUGGACAGUGGUAUAUGAUUAUGUCCAUUAUCAGUAAAAAUUCAAACCUCUUCGCGGUACCACAGUUGAAGUAUCUUCAGUUGAAUCUUUCUUUAUUUAGGAAUGCCUCUUCUUAUCUAAUUUAUAAUUCAUUUUGAGUCUUUAGAGGUCAAAAAAAUUGAUUCUUUCAAGAGUUUAUGUUGUGAAGUUAGCCGACCAUGACUCCUCGGUGUAGGUUUAAUGGUGGUUUGUGUGUGCUUCACCCAAUUCUUUCAUCUUUUUCCAAACUUCCUGUCAUUUCAAACCUUUUCAACAGUUAUUUUGCAGUGUCUGACCUUCUUUCCAUUAAAAUAAAUGGUGACUGGUGCGGUCAAGCUCCAAAAAGUGCCAUUAAAAAAGACAGUACAUGUUUUUUUGGUCAUUUUUAGAGCUAAACAGCCUGUGUACCAAUUUAUAAGCAGGUUUGGAAAGACAGGAGGGUCAGAAAAUGAUGGGUGAACUUGCCUUCAAAAUAAUGCUGGAUACUCUUGCACUGCCAUCAACACUCACUAGGGGUUUUGUCUACAGUUUGAAUACCACUGUAGUAAAUAAUUUCUUAAACAGCAUGUCUAAAAAAUAUAAUUUGUCACCCGCAUCACAUUCUGAAUGGCCUUUGUUACUCCAUUAGAAGUUCUACGAUAUCUUAAAAUGAUCCGAUUAUUUCAAUGUGCUGCUAUAAUUUGGAUUUAGACAUGAUCAAUACUAUAACCAUAUCUGGAUAAGUCAUUCCAUGUUGUGAUGCUGUGCCAAACUAUACUGUACAUGUCAAUAGCUGGAGCUGUCAGAAGUCAACUUUUCUGCUUAAAGGCUUCAGGCAACACAUGCUUUAGCCACUGUGUAAUGAUGCUGUAACAGAAAAACACUGGCUCGCAUUUGCACUGCAUGACAACGUACCGAAAACGGUGGUGCUGCAGAAUCACAAGUGAAUAAACGGAUGCGGAUUGCAGUUCGCUCGAGCUUUUCCACUGCUUCAUGGCUUAUUUAGUUCACCAAAAUAAUAAAAUAAGUGAUGGAUCUGCUAUUAUAGGUACAAGAAUGGCAAGUUUUGUUCAAAACUGUUAUUUUCACUGAAUUAGCUAAAAUUAAAUAAAAUGUAGUUAAACUGUUUAUACGUGCACCCACAUAUUACUAUUGUAAGUGACUUUUGGUUUUUUUAUCACCAUACUCUUGUUUUUUUUUUUUUUAUUCCCCCAAAUAUUUUAUUUGAAUUUCUUGAAAUGUCCAAAGGGCUGUAUGUCUCGACGAUGUCUGCUUGUAUGUGCGUUUUCUCCACAGAAUUUUAAACCAACAUUAUUGACAUUCAGAGGCAUCCAUGGGUCUCUUCUUCAAUGGCUUGCACCACAUACUGCAAGCUUGGAGCAUAACGCCUUGUUUUCUCGUACUGCUAAAUGGAUUUAAAUGGACCACAGCAAUACCCAGAGUUUCAGGAAUGACGUUUUCUCUUCAUUUCAUGGAUUUUCAUUUUGUGGACCCGAGCACAUGUUUUUUUUGACCAGUGCAAACUGAAAAAAAAAAAAAAGAUUGGGGAAAAAAUGUGUGUGAUUUAUAAAGUGGCCAGAACAAAAGUAUUUGUUUUAUUCAGUAUUAAUAUGUUUUAAAUCCAGGGAAAAACUUUGAAUUGUUGAUUUACAUUAUGAUGUUCUUUAGUGAAUCUCUUGAAUGCUUUCAAGAACUCACCAGGUCAUAUUUCACUCCACAACCAGAAAAAACAACACAUUUUUUGCUAAAUCUGUUUUGGCCUUGUGACAUUUUCAUGACAGUUAACCACAUUUUUUUUUCUCAUUUCUGAUCCAACAGAUUAAUGCAUCAAUAGGAUAUUAAAUCGUAAGGUGUUUAGGCAUUGUUAGUAUUUGUUGAUCAAAUUUUAUUUCAUGAAUAUUAAUCAGUUUGGGAAAGUACACUUAAUUGUCAUGAAAAUAUUCCCACAAUGUGAAAAAUGUUGAAAAGUACUAUUAAUUUUUGAGUGGAAUGUUACCUGGGUGUUUGACUGUCUUUUUAUUGGCUGUUAUAGUGUGAAAUUGUGUGAACACUAGAGAAAAGUGUUGAAUGUACCAUACUGUAUAUGGCCCUCAUUGUACAUAAUCUGAUUUCCUACUUUAACAAUCUGUAAGUAGCUCAUAUGGUUGCAUUUGAAAUUAAAAUAUUUCUGCACCCUG